CUAAUCUGAUUUUCGCCCUCUCGGUCCAUCGAUUCCCUCGCGGCGAUUCAUGGAGGCAAUCUGGUGUGUUGUGCAGGAAGAACAGGGUGAGCCUGAUCCAAAGUUGAAGAUAAUUGAGCGCCCCGUCGAAGAUGGUGAUGAGGAGAAGAAAUGCGGCGGCGGUGGUGGCGAGGAGGAGAAGAACGGCGGCCGAGGCGACACCGUGGAUGAGGAGGACAGCGAAGACGACAUGAGUGAUUGGGACGAGGAGGACAGCGAAGACGACAUGAGUGAUUGGGACGAGGAGGACAGCGAAGACGACAUGAGGGGUUGGGACGAGGAGGAUGGCAACCCGUAUCUGCCAGUCAAGUGGCCCUGGGAGUAUCCGUUACAUACUUGCCCUGAAGGACAAAAUUUUACACUGGAGGAAGCUAAAAAAAUAGUUGAAUCUACCUGGGAAAGGAAUGGUGACCUGCUCUCAGAAUGGUGUGACCUGUUUAACAACAACACGACUCCUUUGCCUGCGUUGCCUCUACGUGUUCUUCCAAGGGUAACCAAAGACUGUGUUUCUGGAGAUGACUGCUACCAUGUGCAGUAUUGGACGGGAGAUACUGAUGAAACUGCACUAGAUCAUCCGUAUUUCAUACCCUGUGAGAUGAUGCAAGUGUUCUCCCUUGGAUUAUCAAGCCCUCUUGCUCGUCCUAUUAAUAUUUAUGGGCAUUUUUCUGUUCGUGAUGCCUGGGAACCACUCCGCAACUAUCUUUUUAAUCGCUCAAGAAAUGAUCCAGCCAUGAUUUCUCAGGGUUGCUCUUUCCUGCCACUUUGUAGCCCAUGUCGUGGAAUAUAUGUGUGUCCAUAUUUUUUAAUGGAUGUUAGUCUUUGGAUAAAAGAGGAAGAAGGAUCUCCUGACACACCGUUGUUUAGUGGGUAUGUUGAAAUCGACACUUCUUUUGCUGGAUUUGGAUCCGUCCUGAUAGGACGGUUUCAGGGCGAAGUUUAUGGCUUGGACAUGAUAUUUGCUUUGCUAGGUGACAGCAUUGAGACUGUUAUAGAGGUAAAGGCAGAAGCAAAACAACCAUCAGACGUGAGAAUUAGUGCCUCAACUAGUGGGUUUGAUGAGGAGAUUUCACUAUAUGAUGGCAAAUUUUGUGGAAGUGGGUCAAUGUUCAAGCAUAUAGUGGCUGUGAAGAAGCAAGAGGAAUUGCACAUUGUUUUGAAAAUGAAUGAGUCUACAUACAAAUGGACUUUUAAGGCUGGAAUUGGAGUUGUUAUAGCACCUGAACACCCAGUUUCCGGUUUUACUCAGUACUUUGUCAUGAAUGUGUCUUUUAGAACAAAGGGCAAAGCAGCAUCAGCUUGGCAGUGGAGUUGCAUAUGCAAUGACGUUCGUGUAUCGAAAAUGUGUCUAGAGUAGCAGGUGCGAACAAGUGCCAUCUGAAGCUCAGUGUCAACUACUGAACCAUGUAAGGUGUAGAGGACCCAACUUUGUGUGUUGCGAGUCGAUUUCUGUACUUGCCAAUGGACGAUGCACUCUUGUUUUAUAUUUUCUCCAAAUGAACUCUAUUUUCUUAUUGCCUACUCAUUAGAAAGAGUGUUGAAAUUGCAAUCCAAAUGUACUGCUCCCGUUUAUUUCGUAUCUGUUCCGCGGUUUGUGCGUGGUUGGUACAGCCCGGUGAUCUUCUCACUUAA